AUGACCCCACCCUUCAUGACCCCACCCUUCAUUCCCAACGCCAUUUUCAAGAUUUUGAAAUAUUUAAUAAUUCACUGGAAGUGUGAAACAGCAAAUGGAGCAUUGCUAGAAGGACAGCUAGUGAUUUCCAUAGAAGCAUUAAAUUCUAAGCAACAGGAAAAUACUCUUCAUUGUGUAACAACUAUUGCUUCUGCAGAAAGCAUUUAUGGUGGUUUGUUCUACAGGAACUUCCUAAAAGAAAUGCAAUCUAUACUGCCUGGAUCCUCUGCAAAACUGAAUUGGACUUCAGAGGAAGUCAGCUAUUCUCAGGAUAUUUCAAGGGUAACACCUUUCCAGAUGACUUUUGAGGUUGAUGAAAAGCCAAGAACUUUGAUAACAGAUAGUCUGGUUAUAAAGAAUUUUUUACGCAAAAUUGUCAUGGUGCAUCCUAAGAUUAGAUUUAAUUUCAGUGUAAAGGUGAAUGAUAUCCUCUCCACGGAAAUCUUUGAGGCAGAGAAUGAACCUACUUUGAACCUGUCGAAUGGAAUUGCUCUUGUCGUAAACUAUCAGCAUUAUAUGAGACCAAAACUUGGUACAGCUCAAUUACUCUGCAGCAGAAUCCAUCCUGUACUAGGACAUCCAGUAAUGCUUUUCAUCCCCAAUGACGUGGCUGGCGUGGACUUGUUGGGAGAGCUGAUACUGACUCCAGCUGCUGCUGUGUGUCCGGGCCCAAAGGUCUCUUCCAACCAGCUGAUGAAUAGGAUUUCUUCAGUUUCCAUAUUUCUAUAUGGACCUUCGGGUCUGCCUCUGAUAUUGCCAAGCCAGGAACAAUCAAUUACUACUGUCUUCAAAGAUACCUCUUAUUUCAUUGACUGGAAGAAGUACCACUUGUGUGUGGUGCCCAGUUUGGAUCUCAAUUUGGAUAGAGAUAUGGUGCUUCCAGAUUUGAGUUAUCAGGUGGGAUCCAGCGAGGGAGAUCAGUCUCAAAAUACGGACCUUCAGGGGCAAACUCUGCUGCUCAUUCUCUUUGUGGAUUUCCACAGUCAGGGUCCAGUCCAGCAAAUGGAACUCUGCGGAAUUCACACUUUGCUCACAGCUCAUCUCAGUACCAUCCUCCAAGAGAGCCACAGUGCGGUGCAAGAUUCCAUCCAGUUUGCCGUGGACCAGGCCUUGGAGCAGCAUCACCAGGCUGCCAAGGUUCAUCAGAAACUCCAGACCUCACUCUCUGUGGCUGUGAAUUCCAUCAUGAGUAUUGUGACUGGCAGCACCAGCUGCAGCUUCAGAAAGAUCUGCCUUCAGGCUCUUCAAGCAGCUGACACACAGGAGUUUGGGACCAAACUGCACAAAUCAUUUUAUGAAGUCACCCAGCACCAAGUUCUUCACCACUGCUCAUGUGAGGUGAAGCAGCAACUGGACCCAGAGAAAAAUGAUACAGAGAGCACAGAGGGUGCACAUGAGAACAGUAGCCCGGAGCUCCAUGCAGAGACCAGCGGGCAAGUAGCCAACAAGAAGCUUAAGAAGGGCAGCCUCCAUCAGGUCCUGGAGGGAACAUGGGCUUUCCCCUCUGCCAGGGCCCCGAGUCCGUCAGAGGCUCCUCUGCGGCGUGGGGAGCCCCCCGCGGCCUCCAUGACUCCCAGCGGAAGCAGGGCGGACCCCGGGAACGGCCCGGAGGACGCACUGUGGCUGCAGGAAGUCUCCAACCUGUCCGAGUGGCUGAGUCCCAGCCCCUGAGCCGGGCCUCUGCUCCGCGCCUCCGGGUCGGCUCGGCAGCUGUUGACACGUGUAGUCUGUUGUUCAAUAAACCUGCUCCGUGAGCUCUGGGUUUGUUUCCAUGUGGAGGGCGGGGCCGCGGG